CUUUAAUAUACAUAAUGAUCCGAAAAACUAAUGGUUUUUUAUGCUUUUAAAAAUGUUGCUGUGUAUCUUUCCCUACAGUUAAUUUUACAGUUAACCACAAGUUACACAUAUGGAAUCUUGAUAAACAAUCGCACAUUAUUCAUUAAUUCUAACAAUAAUGACCACUAUCGCAGCUUAAAAACAAUAAAAGUCAGUUUAUCCAAUAACGACUCGGGUCCAAAUAAAUAUAUUGAAAACUUCCUUAAAUCUUCCCUCAGCAAGAAUCUAUUUAAGAAUCAAACAUCUGAUUUUACAGCAAACAGUGCAGAAUUGAAUAAAUUGAGCGGUCGUAAAUCCUGGAGUGAUAUUGUGGCUGAGGAGGUAUUAAAGAACAGAAGACUUGAAUAUACUGAAGAUGAGUCAGCUCCCGAUAUUAUCAAGGAUCCCUUAUAUGAACGGGAAUAUGAAUUGAGAACUAACCCUUAUAAUUACAGGUUAACGCCUGAGGGAAGGGUGCAACUUGAGGAUCACAUAGAGUAUUUGCAGAGAACUGCAUGUUCCCAUCCCGUAAAGUAUAAAGAGGAAACUCCUAUUCUAUGGAUAGUUAGAUCAUCUCAUGGUAAUUACUGUGACUUACUGGAGAAGGACGAGGAAAAGAUCAAGUCACUUGUAAAUAGAGUUAGAAAACAGUUUAGUAGAUCAGAACUACAAAUACUUGUUUUAAAAGUGAACGUGAAGAUGCCACUCUGUGAAAUCAUGUUAGAAGGAACGAUGACUGAUCUGGUAAGAAUAUUCUACGCUAGAGGAGGCACACUACAGUACUAUGUUACACCUCGGUUUUGGACUAGGUGUGACUUGCUUGAAAUGGAUCCAAGACUUGAGGCCAAGUAUGGAAAGGCAACUGCGCCAGGACUAUUUCCACAAUGGGAUGAAGAUGGGAUGAUGGAAGAGAUUAUCGACUGUAUGGACGUCAGACCCGACUACGCAUUGGAGUUUAGGUUUCCUAAUGCCUGGCAUGUAAAGUUGUUAUUACCCAAGUUUAACCAGCACUUAAUGAAACUCUUCUAUGAUAACGUUCACUGGCCAACAAGACUGAGAGUACAAAAAGCGUUUGAAAUGGGCGUUGAAGACUACAGAACAGUCAUUGAGGAGGAGUACCAAGAACUUCAGAAGUUGUCUAUGGAUAAAGAAGGGCUGAGAGACUCGUGGUUCGGAAAGCAUGCCAAGUUUGAUUAAACAAUAUUUUACAAUUAAAUUUAUUCCUCG